AUGGCACUCCUCAAACUUCCCCCCGAAACCUUGAUUCAAAUAUUCGAUCAUUUGGGCUCAUCCUAUUUUCGCUCGGAUCUGUCACGCCUCACAGUCUGUAAGCAGUGGAGCGAAUUUGCCCAUACCGCGUGCUUCCGGGAUCUUUACGUUACUCAGAAGACACUACGACGCUUGCUGUCUUCUCCGUAUGUGGAAUCAAGUCUGCGUCUAGUCAAAAACAGCGUGGAAACCUUGGACCUGAAUUUGAAAGGCUUUGAAGACUGGGACUCUAUUCCGCUGUCUGGACACGAUCCGCAGGCCGUAAAUGUCUGGAAUGGCGCUCUUGGAAACGCUGUGCGCGCAACCUGGACAACAGAGUUGAAUAACGAUCUCCUCUACCUCGCCGCCAUCAUCCAACAAUCACAGAGACUGCGAAUCUUACGCAUCCAAGCCACCAGUGAACUGCAUCCGCUACUUCGUUUUCUAGAACGUCGUGACUACCUUUUUUUAUCCACAAUACGCGCCUUCUUGUCGGUCAGCAACCUAACUAGUCUAGAGCUAGAUCUAUGCGGUACUCGACUUAUACCGCAUCAAAGCCAGGAGCGCGGUGAAGUAAUCCAUGUCUGCACGAGUAUCGCCGCGCUUUUUACUACGCUACGACGUUUGCGACUGCGCAUGCGCAGUAUUUGUGCCGAUGUUCUAAGACCCCCACUGCAUUGCACCGAUCUGAAACUGAACGAGAUGCUCAUCAACCUCAGUCUGUCCAACGAGUCACCUGUAACCACCUCGGCAGCGCACGCCACAUGUUGCGGUUCCUCUACAGGGGGGUUCCUUCAACUGAAAGCGGAUAUGGAGAAGCAAGCGCAAGUUCUUGUGGCACAGAUGGCUGCCCCAAAAAUAGUGAGGAUAUUGACGCAUGCGCUUCCACGUAUUGAAAUGCGAGCGUUCGAUGUCUUGACUGGCAGAAAUGUCGCAUUGAGUGAGGGUGCGCAGUGGGAUGACGAGGGCGAGGUUAUCGAGGACCAAGUAUCGGACGACGAAUCCGAGAUUUCGGACCUUUCCUCAGACGACGAUGAAUAG